AGACUAGAAAAGGAAGGCCCGAAAGUCGGUUGAUGCAACCGCCGUCCCUGCUUUCUCUCGCCAUUGACUCGGCCGUCCUCCACAUCUCCGCCAUCCCCGAUCUCUCCGCCAUCCCCGAUCUCAUCCUCAUCGACCUCUUCCUGAGAACGUUGAAAGCAGGGAAGUUGACAGAGAAGGUUCUGAAGUUAUUUGUGGACACUGGCAAUGAGGAGAUACUUUUAUUUGUCCAGUCACUCAACAUUAAACAGAUUUUAACCCCUGUUCUUCCUACGAGGUGCUCCGGGAAGUUCUAGAGCUGCAUACAAAUUGUGUUAUCAACCUCAAAAAAACUAUUCCUCUCGAGAUUACUUCUUGGUUCCGGUGGAAAGAAAAUGUCUCUGAAAAUCAA